CACGUUGGCUUGCAGCAGAAACAACCAUUUGGAAGCACUUCUACUUAUGACUAUCAUGUCGAAGCAAGAGUGGCCGGCUCAGGAUGAAUUUCGUUGCUUAUUAGCCGCGGGCCUUCUUGAACGUAACCACGAUCAAUCGUCUGACAUCGUUCUUCGGUUCUUGCCCAUGCGUGCGUAUGCCAUCGUACAUUCUGGACUGGAAUUAUAAGGACAGCGUCUGCAGCUUUUUGCAGACCAUCUUUCCCCAGGUCAUCAUGUGGCGCUUCCUCAGGCUAGUUUCUACGCUCGGACUUUGCGUUUCAGCGUUUUCCCAGUCAAGCACGGUGGACUCGUAUACAAGUACCGAGUCCCCCAUUGCCAAAGCUGGUGUACUUGCAAACAUCGGCCCCAGUGGUGCUAAGUCGUCUGGAGCUUAUCCCGGCGUGGUCAUCGCCAGUCCUAGCACCACUAACCCAGACUACUUGUACACAUGGGUCAGGGACUCUUCGCUCGUUUACAAAAUGCUCAUUGAUCAGUACACCUCUGGGCAAGACACCACCUUACGUGCUCACAUUGACAACUUCAUUGCCGCCGAAGCAAACAUACAGCAGGUUACCAACCCAAGUGGAACUGUCUCCACUGGUGGCUUAGGCGAGCCUAAGUUCAAUAUCAACGAGACUGCAUUCACUGGAGCGUGGGGUCGCCCCCAGCGUGAUGGACCUGCGUUGCGUUCAACCGCCAUGAUCACCUAUGCAACUUGGCUUAUUGCUAACAAUAAUGAGACAUACGUCACCGACUCCCUCUGGCCCAUUAUCAAGCUCGACCUAGACUACAUCAUGAAUAACUGGAACGAGACGACUUUCGACCUGUGGGAGGAGGUUGAUUCCUCUUCAUUCUUUACUAGCGCUGUUCAGCACCGCGCACUUCGUCAGGGCUCCGCUCUUGCCACUGCGAUCGGCCAAAGUUCAGUUACCAGUGGAUAUAAUACCCAGGCCAACAACAUUCUCUGCUUCCUCCAGUCAUUUUGGAACCCCUCACCUGGUCUCAUGACCGCCAACACCGGAGGCGGCCGUUCUGGCAGAGAUGCGAACACAGUGUUGACAUCCAUUCAUGUCUUCGACGUUGAAGCUGGCUGCGAUGGUGUUACUUUCCAGCCCUGCUCCGAUAUUGCUUUGUCCAACCUCAAGGUCUAUGUCGACUCCUUCCGUGAGAUAUAUGACAUCAACACUGGCAUACGCGCUGACCAGGCUGUUGCAACUGGACGGUACCCUGAGGACGUGUACCAGGGUGGUAACCCGUGGUACUUGGCAUCCUUUGCAGUUGCCGAGCAGCUCUACGACGCCCUCAUUGUGUGGAGUAACGAAGGCUCGCUGACAGUCACAGAUGUCUCUUUCCCCUUCUUCCAGCAGUUCGACACAAGCAUUACGCCAGGGACCUAUAGUUCCUCGACUCUAACUUAUAGUACCCUCACAACAGCGAUCAAGAAUUUUACAGAUGGUUUCGUCGCUAUGGCUGCGAAGUACACGCCUUCAGAUGGAGGACUGGCUGAGCAGUACACCAGGAGCGACGGCACACCGACCAGCGCUCUGGAUCUCACGUGGAGCUAUGCAUCUGCGUUGACUGCGUUUAAUGCAAGGGCUGGUAAAACAUCUGCGAGCUGGGGUGCAGCGGGUCUCCCAAUUUCCCCUGCAUGCUCUACUAGCAAGGCCCUAACUGUUCCAGUUGUUUUCAACGUCAACGCUACUACCGUCCUGGGACAGAACAUAUACUUGACUGGCUCUGUCGGUGCUCUGACUGACUGGAGCACCACCAAUGCUAUUCUCAUGUCCUCAGCUGACUACCCAAUCUGGAGUACGGCUGUCACUCUUCCGGCGAACACGCAAAUCCAGUACAAGUACAUCAUCGUCGACAGUGGUAAUGUUACUUGGGAAUCUGAUCCCAAUAAUGAGUUCACGACGCCCAUGUCUGGCAUUACAACCCUCAACGACGAGUGGCGGUAAUCUAUUCACGAGCUAUUCUGGACACCUUUUGUUGAUGGUAGCACAAUAAUAUUGAUACCUAUACCCAAUGACUUGUUGCACAUUGCAAUACAACGUGAUGACCGAU